UCUCUACAUUAAUAUUAUACUUAAUAGUAUAUCAACAAUAAUAAAUAUUAAAACUUUUUUUUUGUGAAUCGGUGUAUUAGUAUUUCAUCAAAAAGUGGCGUUGGCAACAUCCUUGCCAACUAGGAAACAAAACCUGAGAACAAAAGAUGAGUCUGUUCUUCUAUUCUACCUGAGUAAACCAGAAGAAAACUGAUACGCCCCUGGGGGGUAUUUUUAUCAAAGUUACGCAGCAAACAAUCAAUCCGACGAUUGAUUGAACUCGAAUCAAGAACAACGCGUUCUUAAUACAAGACUUUGAUUAAUCGAAAAACAAACAUUUGGUUUUGUGCAAGUUGCGACUUGUUUGAGUUUGGUGGAUUCCAAGCUUGUGAGCUUUGUAUCGAUUGAAUAUCCUCUUCAAUCGUGGUCUGGGGGUGAUUCGCCAGCAAUUGUUGAUGAAGAAUCGUCCAAUGUUGUCACAGGAAGCUAUCAUGACCCUCUAAUUUGCCUGGCAAUGUCCGAAUCACAAAUGCCCAAUUUGGGAUUGAAGCUUGGAGGUGCUGGAAAUUUGAAGAUCGACGAAGGCGGGAAACGGGAAAGCGACGAAUUGACGACAGCUGUGAUGAUUCGAGGCUCGGGGUCCCUCCGGAACUUCGAUUCAAGGCCAUCCGCUUCCAAUGGUGACCUUGAAUUAUGCUACAGAUCCUUGACCUCAAAAGCCCCAAAUUCAAGAUCGAAUGACAUUAACCUAGUUCUUCAGACCUGUGUACUUGAGCAGCCCUUUUCAGAUCCUAUUUGGAGCCAAUUUUGUGAACGGUUCGAGCAGAAGAGGAAUCAAGUGUUGAGGGCAACACUUUUUCAAGAGAGGGGGCCUGAUAUGAUCCCAUUAGGAUCGAUAUUCAAGCCAGAACGGAUUGAGAAAGAAGCCAGCUCAACUACGUGCUAUAAUGCUGAAUUUUUGUUGUGUCCUUUAACUGUUUCAGGUUGCCCAGUUUACACGUCCGGAACGUUUUAUUGGCUUGAUGGAAAUCCGAGUUUGAAGGCUUACUGUGAAGAUAAAGUCACGUACUACACCAUGGAGUGCUUCGGAGCUCAAACAAAGACCCAGAGCAUUGUCUUUCAAGGCCCUCAAAAUGGUAUGUCACAACUGGGAAAUGACCAAAAUCUGCCUAAGUCUGGAAACCAGUUUGGGUACCCUACUUUGAAGGUCAAUGCGUGCCGAAUCAGUGGGACUCGAUCCAAAAGGGCUUUGCUACAUCAAUCUACAAGUUUCAUACUACAACGACGGGGCAUUGGAUGACCGGAUCGAAGAUUGGAAGGCCUCGAACGAACCUGCCAAAGAUCGUGUCGAAGCUGAUUUUUUCCUGUCUUUGGAUUCAGCAAUCUCAAUCCUUAUCGGAAAGGGAUCACUAGGCUGUUUUGAGUUUCAAUUCUUUUUCCGAGUUUGUUUGGGUUAAUUCGAGUUGUAAUUCGUCAAGGACUUCCUUAUGAGUUUCUAGGAAUUAGUUCGAGUCUAUUUAAGUCGAAUCUUUCGUUGUAAAUUUCAGUUUUAUGCAUUAUUGAAUACAGAGUUAGCUUUGGU